AUGGCCAAGUCCAAGAACCACACCAAACACAACCAGUCCCACAAAUGGCACAGAAAUGGCCUCAAAAAACCCCAGUCACAAGGAUACGAAUCUCUUAAGGGGGUUGACCCCAAGUUCCUGAGGAACAUCUGCUUUGCCAAGAAGCACAAGAAAGGCCUGAAGAAGAUGCAGGCAAACAACCCAAAGGCAAUGAGUGCCGUUGCAGAGGCCAUUAAAGCCGUUGUGAAGCCUAAGCCCAAGAUGCCAAAGGGCCCCAGGCACAAACUCAGCGGGCUUGCUUUCAUCGCUCAUCCCAAGCUUGGGAAGAAGACUCGAAGCUACAUGAGCAAGGGCAGUAGGCUGUACCAACCACAGCCCACGGUUCAAACCAAGGCGAAAGCCGCAGCUAAGGCCCAGGCUGCAGCCCCAGCUCAGGCUCCCAAAGCUGCCCAGGCCCCUGUGAAGGCCCCAUAGA